AUGCAGGCCAACCCGUCCACCACCGCACUCGCCGCCGCGAGCGACCCCGCGCUGCCCGCACGCGCCCCUCGCCGCCUCCCCGACGAGCUCAUCGUCAUGGUCGUCGAGCAAACCCGGGACUGGGACUACGAGUCGAAUGCCGCCCUGUGUCGUCUCGCCAAGCGGUUCCAGGCGCCGGCAGAGCGGAUCCUGUACGAGCACGUCGGGCUCGACAACGCGCCGUCGGAACGUGAGCGCGACAUCGUCUCGGCCCUGCACACGCUCGUCCACUACCCGAGGUUCCGCCCGUACGUCAAGAGCGUCCUCCUGUCGAUUAACGGCGCCACUAUCGCUGAUGUUGCGCCCGAGGUCCUCAACGUCCUGUGCCACUUGCCCAACGUCGAGCACGUCAAGAUCUCGGUCGCGUCGACGUGCCCGAGUGCCCUCCCACUCCUCCUCCUCCAGCCGACCUGCCGCCUUCGCUCUUUCGAAACGCGCUACUGGAGCGCGACAAUGCUCCAGUGGGUGCGCGACUACCCUCACGCGUUCGCCAUCCUCGAGGAGCUGUCGUCCGAAGACGCGAGCGCUCUUGUCGCCGCGCAAGCCUGCCCCGCCGUGAAAAGGCUCGCGAUCUCGAUGGUGGAUCACGAGGACGCACGAUGGUGGGCGAGCGCGGCAGCGUCCGUCGAGGACCGGCUCACGUCCCUGACUUUGGCCGUUGAGUCGCACGAUUUGCUCCAUUUCGUCAGGGACUUCUCGGGUUUUCGUCGACUCGAAGAACUCGUCCUCUACCUCGUCUAUCACCCUCACCCAGAGCAGGUCGCCUCGGCGAUAGAGGUCAUCGUCGAGGUGUUGCGGUCGCUGCCCCGCUCGUCCGGCGUCACGAGCCUCGAGCUCAGCGUCACGGUCGAUGUCGAGCGCCCGACAGGCGCAUCAUCAUCGUCCCUCCCUGUCGAGGUCACCGACAUCCUCCUCUCCCUCCCUCCCAAGCUCCACACCCUCAUCCUAAACACCAACGCCAUCCGUCCCGUCGACCUCGCGACCUACCUCCUCAGCUCGCUCCGCCCACCCGCCUUGCGCACUUUGCGCGUUGGCGGCGAGCUCGGCACCGGCCUGCGCGCCCUUAUCGACGACGCCGACGGCGUUCACGGCGCGCUCGCCGGCGAGCUUGAGCGCGCCGGCAUCGAGGUCGAGGUGCGCGGGUGGUGGAGGUGA